GUCAUGCCACUUGGCACAAUCGAGUUUCCUUUUGAGCUGAUAAAAACGAAAAUGAAUGCUGACUCAAAGCUUAGUAUCCCAGCAUUCUUGGCUCCAGUGUGAACUACAUCCCAUUCUUUCUGCCUUUUUUUUUCUUUCUUUCUUUUUUUUAUUAUUUCACUUUCGUGACAUCCUCUGUCAUCAUCCUGGAAUUUCCACUGGAUCGUCUCCCUGCUGACUCCAGGACUUCCUAUUAAAAGGGAUCUGCAUCCAGCUGCUGCAGACUGCCCUGCAUCUGCCCGAGCUCCUGGUCCUGCUCCGACAGCUCUCAUCCAACGGGAAGAUGAAGCUCUCUGCAGUUGUUCUCGCUCUUCUCCUCAUUGCAUCCUCCUGCUCCCGAGCCUCCUCUGCCCCAGUGGGACCCGACGUCCCGACCUGCUGCACCUCUUACAUAAAACACAAGAUCCCACGGAACCUCAUCCGGAGUCACUACAGCACCAGCACCAGCUGCUCACAGCCAGCCAUCAUCUUCGUCACAAAGAAGCGCGAAGUCUGCGCCAACCCCAGUGACCCCUGGGUACAGAGCUACCUGCGGAGCGCCAGGCGGGACUGAGCGGAGCCAGGCAGGAUGGGACACUGCUGCCAUGCCAGCCGCAUCACCACGAGCUCCUGACAUGGAGCGUGGCUUCAGGACGGCUGCAUGAGCCCACGUCUCCUGCUUGCAGCUCCCAGGGACUGCAGAAUGGGGACCACAGACAUCUCAUAUCGGGUGCUGUUUGCACAGCCCACUCUGCAGCCCCAGCACAUAGCUUGACACCUCUGCCUGACUGCAGACUAGAAAGGCCCACGACACAUCUAUUGUUCUUAAAUUAUUUAAAAUUAUUUAAGAAAUUACCAUAAGAGAUAGGCAGUAUUCUCAUAUCUGGAUCAUAUUUAUGGGAGAGUGGCAGGGAGGGUAUUUAAGGGAGGGUGGCUAGGGGUCUCAUCUUCAGGGGAUGGAAGGCUCUGGCUCACUUGUAUGAAGGUGUUGUGGAGAAUAAAGAAUGUGGAUAAAA